AAGAAGAAAAAUACUUAAUAAUAAUAAUAAUAAUAAUAAUAAUAAUAAUAAUAAUAAUAAUAAUAAUAAUAAUAAAAAAUUAUAAUAGUAAUAAUAAUAUUAAUAAUAUUAAAUAAAUGUGAGCAGCAUUCCUGGAUAAACUAGAUAUAUUUAAGCAGUUGUACAGCAAAGGAUGAAUUAUAGGAAUCUAAGGGCCAGUAUGUAUAAGCUGUGAGCGAUCGGUGGACCAAGAUGCACCUGCUUCUGAGCACGGGUCAUGGAGAAAGCGAUAAAACCAACAGGUUGCAAAGGGAACGCAUCCCCAGUCAAUUAUAUCAGAAGUUUACAGAACAGCAACGAGCAACCUUUACAGAUUGCCAGCAAAGAGUGCACGGCUGUGGGCUUUGUGCUGGUGCAUGCAGGGGCAGGGUAUCAUUCCGAAUCCAAAGCCAAGGAGUAUAAACAUGUGUGCAAAAGAGCCUGUCAGAAAUUUUUGCAGGCCAUGGAGAGAUUAAGGGAAGGUGCCCUGGCUGUGGAGGCAGUGACUGCAGCUCUUAUAGAGCUUGAGGAUUCACCAUUCACCAAUGCUGGUACAGGCUCUAAUCUAAACCUGGUUGGGGAUAUUGAAUGUGAUGCCAGCAUCAUGGAGGGAAAAUCUUUUGAUUAUGGAGCAGUGGGUGCUUUAAGCGGAAUCAAGAAUCCAGUAUUGGUUGCCAGAACACUCCUGAAUGAAGCACAGAAAGGAAAACUUUCAGCCGGAAGAAUUCCUCCCUGUUUUUUAGCUGGCGUUGGAGCUCAACAGUGGGCUGUCAGUCAUGGAAUACCCCCAUGUCCUUCGGAGAAGAUGGCAACUAAAUUUAGUCUUUCAGCUUACAAAAGGAAUAAACGAAAGAUGGAAAUGGCAGAGAAGAUGGAACCAGAGCAUAACUCCUUCAAGAGACGGCGACAAUCAAGUGGAACUGUGAAUGAAAUGGUGGAUUUAGAGGAGCCUUCGUCCCUGGAUACGGUUGGAGCUGUUGUUGUGGACCAGCAAGGGAAUGUUGCAGCGGCUGUCUCUAGUGGAGGUUUAGCUAUGAAACACCCAGGGCGGGUAGGCCAGGCUGCUCAGUAUGGGUGUGGCUGUUGGGCUGAAAAUGCUCAUGAUGCGAGACCUUAUUCUACAGCCGUGAGUACCUCAGGAUGUGGAGAGCAUCUGAUGCGCACUAUGCUGGCUCGAGAGUGCUCCACAGCUAUGCAGGCUGACAAUGCUCAUCAGGCUCUUCUGGAGGCUAUGCAAAAUAAGUUUAUUGACUCACCAUUUCUGGCAAGUGAGGAUGGUGUUCUGGGUGGCAUUAUCGUUCUGAGAUGCUGUAGAUGCGGCGAGGACCACAGCUCUGGAAACUUGCCGGCCUUACUGGUGGAGUUUCUGUGGACUCAUACUACAGAGAGCAUGUGUGUGGGGUACAUGUCUGCAAAUGACAGGAAAGCUAGGGCUCAUAUAUCCAGACUGCCUCCCGGGGCUGUGGCAGGACAGUCGCUGGCGAUUGAAGGUGGAGUGUGUCGACUUGGGGGUAUGCGUGACUGAACAGAAUAAAUCACUUUAUUUACAUAGCAAUAUGCUGAAGUCAUUAUUGACGAGUCUGGAGAACGUGCCAUCACUUCUAUAAAUCAUAUAAAAGGUUGUAAAGGAUGAAAUCCUAAAGCCGCAUCUUGUUUAUGUUUGAUUUAUCCAUGAAAGGGAUAGUUUUGUCAGUUAAGGUAGUUUUACACUUUAGUCUCUUUAGUGCCACAAGAUAAACAGGCAUAUAAUAGAUGAAUAUAUGAAAUACAACUGUUUAUUUUGGGAGCACGCAAGCAAACAGGAUUGAAUCAUCGAAUAAGCUUUUUUUCCGUAAACAUUCGAGCUGCUGCUCUUUGUUUUGCACAGACAAAUUGUUUUCCGUUUUUAUCAUACAAUCUAUUUUUUUUUUUCUGUUUUGCGUCACCCCUUUAUUAAAUAAAGCGUUUAAAAGGAACCGCACCGCGUCUUGACCAAAGCUUGUUUUGACUAUUAGAAAAUGCUCUCAUCAUCUUCGCAUUGAUCCAAGCAUUACUCGUUUUAAAAACAGACUAUGCGUCUUAAAUGCACCUUAUUCGGUAGUUCGCUAGUCUCUGUACUGUAUUUCCAUUUGUCCGGGAAAUUUUAUUAAGCAAAAAUCAUUCAAUUAUCUUUAUCGCUGUUGCACAAAUGAACUUUUGGAAGCUGAAGUCGGAGUAAUAUUGCAGUAGUAUAAAAUUUUAGUACGAUUUAUUUUAUUUUUUUGAGUGUAAGCUAUCUUGUAUGCGGUGUGUGCAGGGAAAUAGCCUCCUUAGAACGCAUGAGUGAAUGUGCUGAUUGCUCUAGAAAUUGCACUAAUUUUAUAUCAAACCUGGUCUAAUGUCUGCAAUAUGCUUUUCACGUGUGUUUUGGUGCAGUGGCAUUUCUUUGAUAUUUGAGAGGAUAUUUCCGAAAGAUUUAUAAAUUCCAUUCUCAUUAUAUAUCUGACAGAUCCAAUGACAUAUAAUAUUAGGGUGUAGGCUUACUAGGACGUAUCCUCAGCAAUAUUUAUUAAUUAUAUCGAUUUUAUGUUCAAGUUUCGCAGCUGUUACAUAGAAGCAUGUCAAGCGUGUGUUUUUUUUUUUUUUUUUGGGGGUCUGAAAGAGGAAAUGUUUUCUGUGCAUAUAUUCAGAAUGCUAUUAACAUUGCCUUUGCAAAGCUUUGUUCUAUCAUUGUGUUUUACUUUGUACUUUUCCUUGCUUGUGUAGUUUAGAGAACUUAAUUUCAGCUCACGCUUGAAAUUGUCCUGCGACUGAGACAUAUUGAGUUCAAACUUGAGGUUUUUAUUGUUUUUGUGUUAUGUAUUAUUCUUUGUUAAAACUAUUUGGAUAGAAGGGGACAUUUUUAUCAUCUUCACAUUAAUGAAAUAAAUCUAUUAUGUGCUUACAA